AGAAGAGGAGUAGAGAGAGAUAAAGAGGAGUGAAGAGGAGUGAAGCUGGAUACCGGAGCAGCUCUUCAGCGCGAUGGAGUUCCGUUCUGAGCUCCACACUGAGCGCGCGCGUUUAAACGCGGUGAGAUGAAGCUGCUCGCGCGCUGUGAUGGAGAGAGGAAAUGGUGAUUAAGGGGAAGUGAUGACUGACAGCACAGGAAGUAGAAUGCGCGUUAUGGACUGCUGGUGUAAAGGUUCAGCUUUUAGAUGCUUUAAUCUGGAUGAUGUGUGAAGCAGCUCCACCGCGCGCGCACUUCAUUUUCUUCUUCUUCUUUUUCAUUUCCCUCUUUGAUCUCGCGCGCCACCGCCACUUUUUUUUUAAAAGUACUUCUUUAUGAUGAAAGUUUUUUUGUUAUGAAAUUAUAAAGAACAGUUAUGAAAUAAACCCCUUUAUUUAGAAAUGCUCGUGAGAUGGAAGCCGAGCCGCGCGGUGCCGGUGGCCGCGCUCGCGCUCCUCUUCAUCAUCGCCUUUGUGCACUCGCGCCUGCGGAACGGAAAAGUGAGCGCGCGCGUGGACAAGCCAUCUUCAUCCUCCUCCUCCUCCUCCUCCUCCUCUUCCUCUGCCGUGACCGGAGCGCGAGGACAGCGGAGUGUCCGGCUCGAGGACGUGUUCAUCGCGGUAAAGACCACGCGACACUUCCACCGAAACCGCCUCGCGCUCCUGCUGGAUACCUGGAUCUCCAAGACCAAAGAGCACACAUAUAUCUUCACAGAUUCCACAGAUAAGGAGAUCAGAUCUAGAGGGUUCAACAUCAUCGUCACCAGUUGUUCACCUGAACACACUCGUGAGGCUCUCUCCUGUAAGAUGGCUGCUGAGUACAAUCACUUCAUGGCCUCUGAUAAACAGUGGCUGUGCCAUGUCGAUGAUGAUAACUACCUGAAUCCAGGUGCGCUGCUCUCUCUCCUCUCCGAGUUCUCAUUGGACAGAGAUGUGUACGUGGGGAAACCCAGUCUGGAUCGACCAAUCAAAGCCCAGGAGCAGCUGCCUAACAACAAGACACGUGAUGUACAGUUCUGGUUUGCUACAGGAGGGGCGGGGUUCUGUCUCAACAGGAAGUUAGCAGAGAAGAUGGCUCCAUGGGCAAGCGGGUCCAGGUUAGAACACACCUCAGAUGUAAUCAGACUUCCUGAUGACUGUGUGAUCGGUUUCAUCGUUGAGAGGCGACUGGGCGUGUCCAUGAUCCACAGCGACCUGUUCCACUCUCACCUGGAGAACCUCCUGCUGCUCACACCUGCACAGAUCUUCAAACAGGUUACUCUGAGUUAUGGCCUGUUUGAGAAUAAAAUGAACAGUGUGGGACUGAAGGGAGGCUUCAGUAAAGAGGAGGAUCCGUCCAGGUUUAAAACACUGCACUGUUUCCUGUACCCUCUGACGAGCUGGUGUCCACGAACAUGACAACACUUCAAUUCCCAGAAUUCCCCUGGAGGAAAUCUCACAUCGUACACGCCAAAGACAUGCACCAUGUGUCACCGUGUCACCGUAUCUCUGUCACUGUGUCAUCACUGAGGAGAAAAGAGGGAACAGAACGCAGUUCUUAGCACUUAUUAGACUUUUUCUUACAGAUCUGAACUCUCUCGUUGUCGUGUUCUCAGUCUCGUGGAUCUGGAGUUCACGUGGAUGUUCUUCAGUUGCAGCUCGAAAUGUUCUUGAAUUGGGUCUUACCUUUCCACACUCCUGGCCGGCGCGCCACCUGUGUCUGAUGUGUAAAGUGUUAGAAAUUAACAGAACAUUGUAAGAGGAGGUUGUUUCUUAUUCAUAUAGUAUCACAGCAUGAAGAGCUCACACUCCUCAUAAACACCACACACCUGAACACGGUGUUUAUUCACGUCUGAACACGGCGUUUAUUCACACCUGAACACGGCGUUUAUUCACGUCUGAACACGGCGUUUAUUCACGUCUGAACACGGCGUUUAUUCGCGUCUGAACACGGUGUUUAUUCACGUCUGAACACGGUGUUUAUUCACACCUGAACACGGUGUUUAUUCACGUCUGAACACGGCGUUUAUCCGCGCCUGAACACGGCGUUUAUUCGCGCCUGAACACGGCGUUUAUUCCCGUCUGAACACGGCGUUUAUUCCCGUCUGAACACGGCGUUUAUUCACACCUGAACACGGCGUUUAUUCCCGUCUGAACACGGCGUUUAUUCGCGUCUGAACACGGCGUUUAUUCGCGUCUGAACACGGCGUUUAUUCGCGUCUGAACACGGCGUUUAUUCGCGUCUGAACACGGUGUUUAUUCACACCUGAACACGGCGUUUAUUCGCGUCUGAACACGGCGUUUAUUCACGUCUGAACACGGCGUUUAUUCACGUCUGAACACUGAUUUAAUAAGAAGCUCUUCCAGGAAAGUGUGUGUCAGAGGUCAGAGCAUGUCCAUGUUCUUCAUGUAGGUUAGAAGAACAAGAACACACCUCAGAACAAAGGUUUAUUGAUCCCAGUUUAUUCAGGCUGAGUGUAAAACUGCUCUUAAACUCAGAGGCCUGGUUCCUUAUUCCUGCUUUAAUUAUACCAUUUGUUUACAGCGUGGAUCAUAUUUACAUUUACUAUAGCCUGCUGAAGUGUUCAGUACUCAGAGUACUAACAGAAAGCACUUAAAGGAGUGUGUGUGUGUGUGUGUAUCAGAAUUUUACACAUUUUGUACAGACAAAUUUGCACUGGAAUAACAAUAAAACUCCUCAUUUAGUUUAAACAGGAGCACACACCUGUGUGUAUUGAGUAUGUAGUGUGUACAUUACUGCAGUCUGCGGUUUUCUUUGUACUGAGACACUGUUUUCAUAAACAUCAAGAAAUUGUGCGGAUUUCCUAUUGAAAAGUGUGUAACUGCUGCAGAAAUGAUCUCAUGUAUUAGUCACUUAAAAAUUCCCUGAUGUUUACCUGUACAAUCAAAAUGAAAGCUUCAGUAAUAUCUGUCCUACCACACACACACACACACACACACACACACACACACACACACAUUACUCACUACAGCUAUUCAGAGUGGAGAUAAUCACACAGUGAGGAUUUAAUACUGAAAUGUCACAUCGAUAUUCAGACCUCAGACAUAACUACAGACUUUUCAGAAGUUACGUGAGGUUCCACGUGCGGGGGCGGAGUUUGUCUAUGCCAGGGAUUUGUAGAGGCGGCAGAUGCAAGUGCAGAUUUUUACUGUAUAAAGUGCAAAACAAACAACAAAACAGUGAAAACAAGAACCGGAAAUGUAAACAAUGGCUACAAGGCCAAAACAUGUAGACUAUGAGCGAGGCUGUGGCACACACAACAACACAUACACACAACAACACAUACACACAACAACACAUACACACAACAACACACACAUGAUAACACAUACACGACAACACAUACACACGACAACAACAGCUUGACAACGAGGUGCUGAGAAACUAUAUAGAGGUGAUAAUCAGGGUGAAACAAGACACAGGUGAUAGUGGUUAGGACAUGUGACAUGCUGGGGCUGAUGGGAAGUGUAGUUCAGAGCCCCUUUGGUGCUACCAUGACAGUCUAAAAGGCGUGUCUCAGUUAGGCUCAAUUCUGAUUUUAAACUUUCAAAAUCAAUUUUUUCAAAUCAAAAGAGUGAUUUGAAAUCCCACACACACAUUUGAUUUAUGAUUUCAUGACUACGAUUCAGUGUCUCUUGUCUCCAUUAAGUUGCGCUUGAGUAACCGUUAGAGCAUGAUAUUAAAACAAUGUAAAGUAACAGGGUAUGCUGGAUCAAGUGCUAUUCUAUGUGCUGCUGAAUAAAGAGAGUGGAAGCCAUUUUGUUCAAUUGAA